AUGGGGGCAGUUCCUGGGGAGCAGGAGUCUCCUUGGGGCUUGGGAGUCCCCGGGCCCCGCGUCCCCGGCGCUCUCCUCGCAGUGGCRGCCCCGGCCGGGGAGCAGAUCCAGCGCGCGGUGCAGGAUUACUACGGCAAAGAGCUGCAGAGCUCGCAGGACCUGAAGACCACGGCUUGCGUGACGCCAGCGCAGCCGCUGUCCCCGGYGGCCAGGGAGGCGCUGGAGCGAGUGCACCCGGAGGUGGCGGCCAGGUACUACGGGUGCGGGCUGCUGCUGCCSGAGGGCCUGGCGUCCCGCCGCGUGCUGGACCUGGGCAGCGGCAGCGGCAGGGACUGCUACGUGCUCAGCCAGCUCGUGGGGGAGAAGGGCCACGUCACCGGCAUAGACAUGACCCAGGAGCAGGUGGAGGUGGCAAAGAGGCACCUCGCCUACCACAUGGACAAGUUCGGCUACCGAGYGCCCAACGUGGACUUUAUCUGGGGCUUCAUGGAGAAGCUAGGUGAGGCCGGGCUGGCCGACGAGAGCUACGACGUUGUCAUCUCCAACUGCGUGGUCAACCUCGCGCCGGACAAGAGAGCCGUCCUGCGGGAGGCCUACCGGGUGCUGAAGCCCGGCGGAGAGAUGCACUUCAGCGACGUCUACGCGAGUGGGUGCCUGAGCGAGGCCGCGCGGGCGCACAGGGUGCUCUGGGGGGAGUGCCUGGCGGGAGCGCUGCGCUGGACGGAGCUGUGCAGCAUYGCCCGCGAGCUGGGCUUCAGCGCCCCGCGCCUGCUCUCCGCCAGCCCCGUCGCCAUCCCUCACCCGGAGCUGCAGCGCGUGGCCGGCGACUGCCGCUUCAUCUCGGCCACGUGCCGCCUGUUCAAGGUGCCGCAGGGCGGCCAGGCUGCGCCGGGCAGGGCCGUCUACAGCGGUGGCAUUGCGGGGCACGAGCAGCAGCUGGUCUUCGAUACCAACUUCACCUUCAAGGGAGCAGAGGCRGUGGACGUGGACGCUGACACGGCCGCUAUCCUGCGGAGCUCCCGGUUCGCGCAGCACUUCUCCAUCCACGACGGCGGGGUCCAUGCGGGGACAGCACYGCCAGGCUGCUGUCCUGGGAAGGUGAAGGGGAGGAUCUGCGACCCCUUCCAGCUGCUGGAGCAGCGGGGCGCCCCGGGACCUGCGGCCUGCGGCCCCCGUGGGUGCUGCUGACGGCCCRGGGGAUGCAGCCCCUCUGGCGCAUGGCUUUUGCUGCAGG